AGAGGCGUCUUCUUCCCGGUGACGUCUGCGCUGCUCAGCACGCGCUUGUUGUGUGCGGGGACUGAGCGGCGCGGGGCCCGCUCUCCUGUGGCGGGGACACGUCGCAGCCGGGGGACUGAGGGAGGGGAUACGCUUUGGAAGAGCGGGGCGACCAGGACGGGCGCGCGGCCGCGCGGAGGCUUCGGGGAAAGGGGCGUGCGGGGUCCCCUGGACGCCGCCCUUUAAUGUCGGGGCCUAGAGACCCUGGGUGGGGCCGGGAUGGCGAAGGCCCCGACUUCCACGCGCGCCCGGAGCAGUCCCGUGGCCAAACCAGAGCGUGCCAAGAAGCUCAAUCGGAAGAAAAACAAGAAGAAAAAAAUCUGGAAAAACAAAGCGCAAGAAGUUAGCCAGAAACCGGAAAGCGGCCCCAGCGUCCUCGCGGUGCGACCUCCAAAGGCACCAGAAGACUUUUCGCAAAACUGGAAGGCGCUGCAAGAGCUGCUGAAACAAAAACCACAGACCACAGGAAAGCCUCCUGUUAUUUCUCAGAUGGGCUCCAAAAAGCAGCCCCAAAUUAUCUGGCAAAACAGAAAAGAAGUCUCACGUAAAGCAAACGGAGGUGAGACGCAGCCAAGGCCAACAGCAAAACCAGACAGACGGGCUCCCAGGGGCUCCGCUCCUUCAGAAGCUUUGACAGACCGGAAGCGGCCAGCACUCCUCGCAAAGGCCAGCGGAGCAGAGCACAAGAAGGCAGGAGCCCAGGAAAGGGCAAACGGAGCCUUUUCUACGAAGCAAGGGGACACGAAACCUAAGAAGCGGAAAGCCAAGGAGGCGGCUCUGGCCCUGCCCACUGAAGAGGAUAUCUGGUUUGAUGACGUUGACCCGGCAGACAUCGAAGCCGCCAUAGGCCCUGAGGCAGCCGAGAUAGCAAGAAGGAAGCUGGGUCAGAGUGAAAGCAGCAGCCCCCUGGUGAAGGAGCAGGCCUUCGGCGGCCUGACGACGGCUGUGGCCAUGGACUGCGAGAUGGUGGGUGUCGGGCCCGAGGGGGAGGACAGCAUUGUCGCCCGCGUGUCCCUGGUGAACCAGUUUGGGAAGCGCAUUUAUGACAAGUACAUCAAGCCGAUGGAGCCAGUGACCGACUAUAGGACGGCAGUGAGUGGGAUUCGGCCGGAGAACCUCAUGCAGGGGGAAGAAUUUGAAGUUGUUCAGAAGGAGGUGGCAGAACUGCUGAAGGGCAGAAUUCUCAUCGGACACGCACUGCACAACGAUUUAAAGGUCCUGUUUCUUGAUCACCCAAAAAAGAACAUUCGGGACACACAGAAGUACAAGCCUUUCAAGAAACAAGUAAAGAGCGGAAGGCCGUCCCUGAAGCUGCUUUCAGAGAAAAUCCUUGGGAUCAGGGUGCAGGAGUCAGAGCAUUGCUCGAUUCAAGAUGCCCAGGUAGCGAUGAGACUCUACGUGAUGGUGAAGAAGGAGUGGGAGCGUGUUGCCAGAGACCCAGGCCCGUCCCCAGCCACACCAGCUGAUGGCCGUGCGUGACCCAUGCCCGCCCUGGGCCGCCCACCCAUCCUGCGGUAGCGCCCGUUCCAGAGGCAGCAGGGCCCAAGCCACUUUCCCCAGAGAGGUAGUCUCCAAGUCAUCUAAGACCUAGCCGUCCUCACCUGAGCAUGUUGGUGGCAGGGUGGAGAGGACCAGAGCCGGGGGGACCUCAGGGCUGCUCCGCCCUGGGCACAGCCUGGAGGCGGGUGGCUGGGGUGGGCCUGCAAUGUGCCGUCACUGCCGCCCUGGCCAAGGGUCUUGUGGGAUCGUGCACCCAGGUGCCUGUCUGCCAACCCUGUCCCAAGGGCAGAAAGCACCCACUAGGCUUCUGUGCCUGCCUCCCCUGAGGCCACUUCUUCCUCACUGUCACGGGCGAUGUAAAGAACCCUGCCUGGACCUGAAGGGACCUGCUUCCAGGAGCUGUGAUCAUCUGCCCAAGAGGACUGACUUGUCAGGAGGCUUUUGGCCACCUCCUAUGGAAGAGGCUUUCUGCACAUGGGGUUCUUCCCCCCCCAGGAUAAAUGCCCACGGAUCUGAGUAGGCCCAUGGGCGGCUGGCAGGGUGAUGGGAGGGCCCGGGCUCGGGCUCACCAAAGCUGGCACUCGCCCUUGUCUAGGACAGAUGCGCUGACCGCGGGAUGGCCCAGCUCUCUGAGGUGGCCAUGGCAGACCCGGCCCAGGGGGGACGCUCUUUCUGAAAACUGGGGUUGGGAGAACACGCAGUCCUCGCUGAUGGGCUUGCUGAACCAUGCAGAGGACAACCGUGUGGAAAGGUCCAAAUGCCCCAAGGAUAUUAUUUAUAAUAAACGGAGCUGUUUUCCUUCUAAAA